AUGAGUUCUUACAAUAGUUAUUUAGAUCUUCUCAACAGUCAAGGAGAGUCACUUAACCAAGAUAACUCUUCUUACGAAAUACCUCAAUGGAGCUCUCAACAAUCCCCGGAUGUACCUCUUUCUCAAGAGGCACCUGUCAAGAAGGAUAGGAAGAAGUGGAAUCCGGCUGACGAUGAAAUUUUGAUCAGUGUGUGGUUGAAUACUUCGAAGGACCCCAUUAUUGCUAAUCAACAAAAGGGAGGAAGCUUUUGGCAAAGGGUUCAAAAGUACUAUACAGCGUCUCCUCAUGCGAUAGCCAACGGUGAACAAGGGCUGAACAUAAACUGUAAACAGAGGUGGUUCAAGAUCAAUGAGCACACUAACAAGUUCUGUGGGGCUUAUGCAGCUGCGGAGAGACUAAACAGUAGUUGA